AUGUUCUAUAACUAUUAUGAUUUUUAGGGUAAAUUUUAAGAGAAAAGAUUUAAAUUAAACUUUUAUAGUUAUAAUAAAUGUAAUAAAUUAUUUAAUUUAUAGGUUUGGUUCCAAAAUUCUCGUGCUAGGGAUCGAAGAGAAUCAAAAAUGCCACCAGCUCUAGUACCUUUAGCACCCCCCGGGAAUCCGACUAUUAUCGAGCAGCCUUUAGAUUUAUCGAAGAAAGAAGCUCUUGUUAUAUCGACAAUUAAAGAAAGUGAUACAUCAAGUAGAAAUACUUCGUCUCCUUGUGAACAAAAGGAUGAUAAUGCAGCUCCAACUGCCGAUAAUGAUGACCUCGACGAUUCGCCAUUAGUUAUAGACGAAGAGACCGCUACUGAUCUUGAAGCUAAGCAUACACCCUCCAGUGGAGAGGUAAUCACAAAGAACCAAAGUCAAGCGAACGCGAAGAGCGAGAACGAAGCUGCACCACAAUCGGAAAUAACCCCUACAGCAACGGAAAAUGAGCAGGGUCUUUAUUUCUGUGAUCGGUGUGAGAAAACAUUUUCCAAACACAGUUCCCUCACGAGACACAAGUAUGAACAUUCCGGUAAGUCAACUGUUAUUGUAAUGUUGUCGUGCAAACUUCCACAAUUUUGUGCAAUAAGAGCAAUUGUUCAAAAUAAAGAAAUCUAAAUCAGAAUAUUUAUUUAAUCAUACAAAACGAGAAUUAUGGCGCUGGAAUGGUGUUAAAUAUUGAGAAAAGAAAUCCAAUGAGAUA